GCCGCGGUGUCCGAACAUGGCGGCCUCCGAGUGCGGGCUGGCCUCGGAUCCGGGCGGCGCUGAGGGCGAGGAGGAGACAAUCCUCUACGACUUGCUAGUCAACACUGAGUGGCCGCCGGAGACAGAAGUACAGCCUCGAGGUAACCGAAAGCAUGGGGCAUCAUUUAUCAUCACAAAAGCUAUCAGAGAUCGUUUAUUAUUUUUACGCCAAUACUUCUGGUACAGCCCUGCUCCUUUUUUACUCCCUGAUGGUCUGGUCCGCUUGGUGAAUAAACAGAUAAGCUGGCAUUUGGUACUAGCAAGCAACGGGAAGCUGCUGGCCGCUGUUCAGGACCAGUGUGUGGAGAUCAGGUCUGCUAAAGAUGAUUUUACAUCUAUUAUUGGGAAAUGUCAAGUUCCAAAGGAUCCCAAGCCCCAGUGGAGGCGGGUAGCUUGGAGCUAUGAUUGCACACUGUUGGCCUAUGCGGAGAGCACUGGCACCGUGCGGGUGUUCGACCUCAUGGGAAGCGAGCUCUUUGUCAUUGUCCCGGCUUCUAGUUUAGCUGGUGAUUUGAGCUGUGCCAUCGCUGGAUUGAUAUUUUUAGAAUACAAAGCCAGUGCACAGUGGUCAGCAGAACUCUUGGUCAUCAAUUACCGAGGAGAACUCAGAAGUUACCUCGUCAGUGUUGGAACAAACCAGAGCUACCAGGAGAGUCACAUUUUCAACUUCGGUGGUCAUUAUCCUCAUGGAAUCAGUACUGUGAUUUACCACCCUGCUCACAGACUUCUGCUCAUGGGUGGCUGUGAAGCCACGGAAGCGGGCAUCUCGAAGGCAGCCAGCUGUGGCCUAUCUGCAUGGAGAGUCCUCUCAGGGUCACCUUAUUACAAGCAGGUCACCAGCGGUGGAGACAGGGUCACUACAAUACCUAAGACGCUGGGACUACUGAGGAUGAUAAGUGUCAAGCUUUCUAGCCACCAAGGCCAAGAACAGGAUGGGAUCUUCAAGAUGAGCCUCUCUCCGGAUGGGAGCCUGCUUGCAGCCAUCCACUUCUCCGGGAAGCUGAGCGUCUGGGCCGUGCCAUCCCUGAGGCAGCUGCAUGUGUGGGAGCAGAGUGAGCAACCAGGCUAUGAUGACCUUAAUCCAAAUUGGAGACUCUCUACUGAGAAGAGAAAAAAAAUAAAAGAUAAAGAGUCCUUUUACUCGCUGAUAGAUGUCAGUUGGUGGGCAGACGGUGCUGUGACUUUGGCUCGGUGCUCUGGGGCUUUAACUGUUUCCUCCGUGAAAACCUUGAAGAAUUUAUUGGGAAGAUCCUGUGAGUGGUUUGAACCGUCGCCCCAAGUCACUGCUGCCCAUGAUGGGGGAUUUUUAAGUCUGGAGUGUGAGAUUAAACUCGCCCCCAAACGCUCUCGUUUGGAGGUGCGAGCAGGAGAGGAGGAUGACGGAGAAGAGGAUUCUGACUCUGAUCACGAAACGUCAGCCAAGGCACGCUACUUUGGUUACGUAAAGCAGGGCCUUUACUUGGUGACAGAGAUGGAGCGAUUUGCCCCUCCGCGGAAGCGGCCUCGGACCAUUACCAAGAACUACCGCCUUGUGAGCCUGCGCUCCACGACCCCAGAGGAGCUCUUCCAGCGGAAGAUUGAAAGUGAAGAAUAUGAGGAAGCCUUGUCUUUGGCUCACACCUAUGGCCUGGAUACGGACCUUGUCUACCAGAGGCAGUGGAGGAAGUCGGCCGUCAACAUUGCCUCCAUUCAGAAUUACCUGAGUAAAAUAAAGAAGCGAUCCUGGGUGCUCCACGAGUGUUUGGAGCGAGUUCCUGAAAACGUGGAGGCAGCCCGUGAGUUGCUGCAGUACGGCUUAAAAGGCACUGAUUUGGAGGCGUUGCUGUCCCUGGGGAGUGGCUUGGAUAGCGGCAGAUUUACCUUGCCUGGUGACGUGGACAUUGACGCCAUGUCCUAUGAGGAGCUGUCGCCCCGUGAGGAGGGCCCUGCCUGGAAGCGAAAGGAGAAGGUGCUCCGGGAGAGAUCUAAACUACUUAAACUCGUGAACUUCUCUGAGUUGAACCUGGAACAGAAGGAGCUUUGCCGGUGUAGACUGAAAUUACUGACUUACUUAGAUCGACUUGCAACAUACAAGGAAAUCCUAGGAGUGCCUCAUGUCUCCGAACAGAGAUAUGAUGCUGAGUUCUUUAAGACCUUCAGGAGGCAGAAUAUUGUUCUCUCAGCAAGAACUUAUGCUCGGGAGAGUAAUGUACGAGCCCUGGAGAUCCUGCUUACGUACCACGGCUCCGACCUGCUUCCUCACCGCCUUGCGAUUCUCUCCAACUUUCCGGAGACCACUUCCCCGCAUGAGUAUUCUGCACUGCUGCCUGAAGCUCGUUGUCAUGGUGACUCCUUGGUGAUCAUUCCUUGGCUUGAGCGUAAACACCGAGCUAAAGACUGGUGUGAGGAACUGGAGUGCAGAAUGGUUGUCGAGCCAAGCCUGCAGGAUGAAAGUGAGUUCCUCUAUGCUGCGCAGCCUGAGUUGCUGCGGUUCCGGACCACACAGCUGGGAGUGGAAGAAGUGAUGGGCUGGUACCAGAGCAGGGCUGAGGAGAUCGAGCGCCAUGCCGGCCAGGUGGACUGUGCGCUGUCGUUGGUUCGCCUUGGAAUGGAGCGGCAGAUCCCUGGGCUUCUGCUCCUGUGUGACAACCUGGUUACCCUGGAGACGCUGGUGUAUGAAGCAGGCUGUGAUGCAGCCCUGACCUUGGAAGAACUCCAGAGGAUGGAAGACAUUGAGAAGCUGAGAUUGCUCAUGAGCAGUUGUUCUGAGGACAGCUACGUGACAAGCGCCUACCAGUGGAUGGUGCCCUUCCUGCACCGCUGUGAGAAGCACUCCCCUGGCGUGGCCAGUAGGCUGCUGAGAGAGUAUCUAGUAGCUUUAGCCAAGGAGGACUUACGGCUGCCCCUGAAGAUAUUUCAGCAUUCCAAGAGAGAGCUACCACAGAAAAUUAUCCCUGAUGAGAACCAGCUGAUGGCCACAGCGCUCGAGUGCAUCUACAGCUGCACACGUAGCGACCAGCUCGCUCUCUGCUAUGACAUCCUGGAGUGCCUGCCUCAGAGAGGGCCCGGUCAGAAGACACAGGUAACCUCAACUCUUCAUGACAUGGUGGACCAGCUGGAGCAGAUUCUCAGUGUGUCAGAGCUUUUGGAGAAGCAUGGUCUCGAGAAGCCAAUUUCUUUUGUUAAAGACACACAUUGCGACGCAGAAGAGGCACGCAAGCUGAUGGUGAGGCUGGCCAGGCACACAGGCCGAAAGCAGCCUCCCGUGGGCGAGUCGCACUGGAGGGCGUUGCUGCAGGACAUGCUGUCCAUGCAGCGGAACGUGUACUCGUGUUUGGACGCCGACACUUGUUAUGAGAUAUUUACUGAGAGCCUGCUCUGCUCCAGUCGCCUGGAGAACAUCCAGUUGGCUGGGCAGCUGAUGCACUGUCGGGCCAGUUCAGCAGACCCUGUGGCCAGCGUGGCCCAGAAAGGGAGGCUGCAGCACCAGCUGGGCUAUGAGAAGAGCGUGCACCUGGUUUUGACUGCCAGCAAGGAGUACUUCAACUCCUCCACCAGCCUCAUGGACAGCUGCAUGGACCUGGCCAGGUGCUGCUUACAGCUGAUAGCAGAUAGGCCCACUGCCAUUCAAGAGGAGCUUGACCUCAUCCAGGCCCUUGGAUGUCUUGAAGAGUUUGGGGUGAAGAUCCUGCCUUUGCAAGUGCGACUGUGCACUGACCGAAUCAGCCUCAUAAAAGAAUGUAUUUUGCAAUCCCCCACGUGCUACAAGCAGUCUGCCAAGCUCCUUGGCCUUGCUGAGCUGUUGAGGGUUGCAGGUGAGGACCCAGAAGAACGGCAUGGGCAGGUUCUGAUCCUGUUGGUGGAGCAGGCCCUCCGUUUCCAUGACUACAAAGCAGCCAACCUGCACUGUCAGGAGCUGAUGGCCACAGGUUACUCUCAAAGCUGGGAUGUCUGUAGCCAGCUGGGACAGUCGGAAGGUUACCAGGACUUGGCCACUAGACAGGAGCUCCUGGCUUUUGCGCUGACCCAUUGUCCAUCAGACAACAUAGAGCUCCUCCUGGCAGCCAGAAGCUCUCUGGAGGCCCAAAUUCUUUACCAAAGAGUGAAUUCCCAAAUUCAGGCAGAAGGAGAGGGCAUCGGUGUUUCACCAUUGGUUGGCCGGGCCCCACGUGAGGCUGAGCUGGACAGUCCAGGCAGUGGCUCAGCUGACCUGUUACGAUGGACAACUGCCACCACCAUGAAGGUUCUUUCCAGCACCACAACGACCACCAGGGCUGUGCUGCAGGCUGUCAGUGAUGGGCAGUGGUGGAAGAGGUCUCUGACCUACCUCCGCCCACUCCAGGGGCAAGAAUUUGGUGACUCUUAUCGAGCUGGAACUGUAGCCAAUGAAGACCUAGGAAGGCAAGGAUGUCAUCCUUUCUAUGCGUCGGUCAUCUCAAGUCCUUCUGUUACUGAGGUGGGCGUUGCUUCUGUCCAGUCUGAUGUGACCUUUGACACUGGUCAGUGGCUCGCUGUGGAGAGCUUUGCGGAGGUGCUGCUGAGGACUGGGAAACUGGCGGAGGCUGAGCCUGAUGGGAGUGGAGCAUUUCCAACCACGGAAGUUCUCUUACAGCUAGCGAGCGAUGCUUUGCCCUGCGACAUGACUUUGGCCCUUGCUUAUCUCCUUGCCUUACCACAGGUGUUAGAUGCGAAUCGCUGCUUUGCGAAGCAGUCACACUCGGCACUGUCACUCCAGCUGGCAGCAUACUACUACAGCCUCCAGAUCUACGCCCGCCUGGCACCGUGCUUCAGUGACAAGUGCCACCCUCUGUACAGAGCUGACCCCAAAGAGCUAAUCAGGAUGGUCACCAGCCACGUGACUCGUCAUGGACAUGAAGCCUGGCCAGAGGACCUGGUCUCGCUCACAGAGCAGCUGCAUUACUACAACGAGCGGCUGCUGGACCUCACACAGGCGCAGCUCCUGCAGGGCCUGGGCAAGGGCGUGGACGUGCAGCGCUUCACUGCUGAUGACCAGUACAAGCGGGAGACCAUCCUUGGACUGGCAGAAACUCUUGAGGAGACUGUCUAUAGCAUUGUGCUCUCCCUGGCGCAGCGGUGUGGCGUCUCCCGCUGGGAAGUCUUCAUGACGCACUUGGAGUUCCUGUUCACUGACAGCGGUUUGCCCACUGCUGAAAUUGAGAAGCGAGCCCAGGCCCUUAACCUCUUUGAGACUCUGAAGAUGGAUCCAGAAGCCUUUCAUAGGCACAUGGCCAAGUACAUCUACCCCACCAUCGGUGGCCUGGACCAUGAGAGGCUGCUGUAUUAUUUCACUCUUCUGGACAGCUGUGGCUGCGCAGAAUUGGGGAACCUGGCCCUGAAGCCUGAGACCCACAUACGGCUGCUGAAGAAGUUUAAAGUUGUCGCGGCAGGUCUCAACUAUAAAAAGCUGACAGAUGGAAGCACGAGCCCUCUGGAAGCCUUGGAGCCUGUUCUUUCAAGUCAGAACAUCUUAGCUAUCUCCAAACUUGCUCCCAGCAUCCCAGAGGAGGAUGGAGGGAUGCUGUCCCCAAGCUCAUUGUAUGCUGUCUGGCUGCAGAAACUGUUUUGGAUGGGGGACCCUCACCUGGUCAAGCAGGUCCCUGAGUCCUUCCCGGAGUGGCUUCGUGCCUACGAUGUCUGCGUGAGGUACUUCGACCGCCUGCACCCAGGAGACCUCAUCACUGUGCUGGAUGCAGUUACAUUUUCUCCAGAAGCUGUGGCCAAGCUGUCUGUGGAUGUGCGUGAAGAGAUGACCAGGAAGGCCAUUGCCACCAUCACGCACUUGAUGGAGAAGCCACGGAAGGGGAAUUCAGAAGACAGAAGUCGGGCAGCUGGCACCUCUGAGGUCACGUACGCCUGUGCUCGGGACCACCUGCAGAAGUCGCUCACUCACCUGGGGACACUGGGCCACAGCUUCAUCCUCUCUCUGAAGGACAGUGAGCAGGAGGCCCUGCAGAGGUACCACACACUGUACGACCUCUCCCGCUCAGAAGAGGGGGCACUGCGCAGCCUGGCUGUGAGCAUGUGUUUGGAUGGCCAGCCUCUGGCCAUGAUUCAGCAGCUGCUUGAGGUGGCUGUUGGCCCCCAGGACUUGUCCCCCAAGGACAUCGUGCGAAGUGCCAUCGAGCAAAUAAUUUCUGCAUUGAGUGGAGGCAGUGCUGACCUCACUGGGAUGAGGGACCCACUCCAGGUCCUGGAAGGCGUGGUGGCAGCUGUGCAUGCCAGUGCUGACAUGGGGGAGCAGCUGGUGACCCCUGAGGACCUGCUGGAGUGGCUGCGGCCCUUCUGUGCAGAUGAGGCGCUCCCUGUGCAGCCCCGUGUCCGUGUGCUGCAGGUUUUGGAGCAGUCCUGCCACCUGACGGAGGAGGACAGCAGGCUGCUGGUGUUCUUCCGGACGGAGGCUAUACUCAAGGCUGCCUGGCCUGGAAGGCAGGUGGCUGCUGCUGACGUCCAGAGUGGGGAGCAACGCUCUGCCCUGUUCACAGAACUCCUGGAGCACAGCCGCUCGGAGGCCGAGUUUCAGCAUCUGGCCCUGCUCUUGCAGGCCUGGCCCCCUCUGCAGUGCGAGCACUCGGCUGGUGUGACCAGGAGCCCGUGGCUGAGACUGGCGACUGCAAUGCUGACCUGGUGCUCACCUCAGGGCAAGGAGGCUGUGGGGAAUGAGGUCCUGAGGAUGUGCCGCUCGCUGGUCCACACUGAGCAGGCGCUGCCCACUGAGGGCAUGAAGGAGCUGUGCCUGCUGCUGCGUGACCAGGGACUGCUGUUGCCCUCCCUAAAGCUGUUGCUGGAGCACCCGGAGCCUGAACUGCAUUCCCUGGCACUGGAGCAGGUCACCGCUGUCACGCAGGUGGAUGACUCCAGCUGUGAUCCUGAGCUGCUGUCCCUACUUCUGGACACCGGGCUGCUGGUGCCCUGUGUCCCUACCCCCUUCUACCCGUGCCUGGUCCACCACCUGCUGGCAGCACAGGACCACUGGGAUGCAGAGCAGCUGGCUGCACAACUGUGGGAGGCUGGCCACGAGGCGGAGGCUGGGUCGCUCCUGCUGGCCACGCGGGGGACACACCAGGCUCUGAGGACUUUCCGUGCCGCCCUGGGUGCUGGGCAGCCAUGGGGGUGAGGGAGGAGACUCAGGCUGCUCUGCUGAGGGUCUCUGUUCCCAGCAUUGCAAAUAAAGCCAAGCACCUGCCAGCGUC